AUGCUUAAUAGAAAUAUUGAUUCUAGUCUUACAACAAUCGAGCCAGUAAUACGACAAAUCAAUACGAGAUCAACAAAUUUUAAAGUAGAACGUAAACAGUUUCCUGUUGUCCCUUGUGAAGCAAUGACUAUAUACAAAAGUCAAGGAGGUACUUAUGAAAAAAUUGUUGUCAACCUGAAGAAUGGCAUGACAAGAUCUGAAUUAUACGUUGCUUGUAGUCGUGCAACAAAAGCAAGUGGUUUAUAUUUAAUUGGUGACUUAGUUCCACCGAAACCACCUGAACGUAAUGAUGCACUGGCGACGAUGUUUAAAACUAUGAGAUCCGAAGGAAAAAUGAAAUUUUCCCUUGAGUUUCCUGAAGAAUCUUAA